CUCACCUGGAGACGCUGGCGUUGUGUCGCACACUCAGUCGUCCGGCAUGAAACAACACCCGAGGAACGUUGCGGGUGCAGCGUCACAUCUGGAGGAGGGAGCCACACUCACAGCAUCAGCUCAUCCCAGCAUCACUGCCAUCGUUUCCUAAAGGGUUUAUCAAAGAAGAACGUCCUGCUGACAGUUUAUCUGAUGUGCAGCGAUCAGUUCCGCCCGGAAUUUUAAGGCGUUUUGAUCGCAUCGGACGAAGGAAGUGUUACACCCACAUGGGCAGCGUCCUGGCUUUGUCCUCUGGUCCGGGCCAUCAGAACUGGCCUUUCUCCCCGGACCCCCCUCCUUCCCGCUGGGACGCACAUCCUGCUCACUGGGACAGUCCGCCGCGCUGGGAAAGGAGAGAUGGCCGCCUGCCCAACCCAGGCAGCUUUCACUCUCUCCACAGAAGCUGCAAAGAUGUUUUUCCUCAACAGAUUGAAGGAGUCAGGAUGAUCCUCAAUAAAACUCUGAGCAGCUUCUUCAAGGCCAGUCAUACUCUGCAUCUCAGUGCUGUUAGUCCUUCGCACUAUCGGUUCCAUGUGGAGCAUCUGCAGUCUGACGAUUACAGCAAAGACAAGGAUGCCCCAGCACUGAUCGGUGAAUUGGACUCUUCAGGUAGCCUGAACGCUCACGCUCUGGUGCAUCUCACUGAGCGUGUACGCGCGAGGACCGUCUUCCAGACUCAGCAGUCCCAAUUUUUAACGUGGCAGUUUGAGACCGAGUACAGAGGGAAUGACUUCACUGCCGCUGUGACAGUAGCUAACCCAGACGUCCUCAGAGAGUCAGUCAUCCUUGUGGCACACUUCCUGCAGAGUGUGUCUUCUGGGCUGGUGUUAGGAGGAGAGCUGGUUUACCAUCGCGGCAGAGCUGAGGAAGGAGGAAUUCUUACUUUGGCUGGACAGUACUCGCGACCAAACUGGGUGGCUACGCUGAAUGCAGGAAAAGGAGGUGCCCACGCCAGCUACUAUCACAGAGCAAACAAACAGAUCCAAGUAGGAGUGGAGUUUGAAGCCAGUACUAGGACACAGGAGACCACAGCCUCGUUUGGGUAUCAGAUGGAACUCCCAGAGGCCAACAUGGUGUUUCGAGGUAUGAUAAACAGUCGGUGUAUAAUCGGAGGUGUGUUGGAGAAGCGCCUGACCCCGCUCCCUGCCACCUUGAUCAUGGGUGCCUUUGUAAAUCACAGAGGUGACAAGCUGCAAGUGGGGCUCGGUGUCAAUGUGGGAUAAUCCUCCACUAACCCCUGCUGGUAAUACAGCCCAACGUGGGGAGGACCGUCCAGGGACCUGUUUGAGAGGCUUCACAAUCACCCGACCUUCCAAGGUUUAUUUACUUUGGUAAAACACUUGGAACCAGCAGAGUAUUGUGGAUUUUUUUUGGGGGUGUUGAAGCCCAAAAUGUUUCCUUAAUUUGAUGCAUCUAAUCUUGCAACCUACCUCUCGAAAUGGUGAUGAUGUUCUCUGAUGGGCGACAUGAGGAUUACAUAGACUGGAUUAACAUUUGAGGGGCUCCACAUGUGACUUGAGAUAAGUUUUUCUUAUCAGACAGACCUUCUUGGACAAUGGAAACAGAAAGGAUAAGAGACAUACUGUACUUUCAUGUGAAAAUAAAUGAAAAUUUUGUACUGUAGCUAGACAUAGAAGAAAAUGUAUGUUUAUAGAUCGCAUUCAAAGCUAUUUAUGUUUUUAUGUUUUAGACCAUUAACUAGGAUUUGCGUAUAUCUGACCUGGAUGUUGACAAUUUUUUACAGCACAUUAUUGUGGUUUGUAAGAGUAAUACAUGAUUUUUCCCAUCAUCCAGGCAGCCACUGGUUUAUAUACGUGCCAGUGUAAUUUGAAAAAUAAGCAACACUGACUCAGUGCAAGGCAAAAUGCUUGAAUGCACCAACAUGGAUGAGGUUUGAAAGAGUUUCUGCCCCACAGUAUUACAACAUGAUGGUAACAGAGGAAAAAUAAAGCCAAUUAAAAAUUCAAUGAUUUAUUAUCUUCAGAUAGUUUCAGUGAGAUGGUUUUCACCAAGUAAAUCUCUAGAGGAUUAAUUUAAAAAACAAGUGUUCAGCAGGGACUUAGUAAUUAGUCUUAGUAAAUGGGUCAUGCUGAAACAUUGUAUGAACCCUAAAACCGUGUGUUUGAUUCUGUUUAAUUGCCAUCUAUUCUUUGCCAGGGUAUAAAAGUAUUUGAGUGCUACCCACACGAACAAAUGAACCGUUGCGUGUCAUGUACUAACUCCAGUGAGGGUAGUGUGAGUGGCUGUGCUCUGUAACUCCAUUCAACCAGAACUGUACUGUAUGUAUAUAGAUGAAGAUCAUGUGGAAACACUGACCUGUAUGCAAACUGCACUACCCACGCUGCUUCUGGGCAUUUCCAGUCCUAUUUAAAAAAUUAAAUGUUUCAUAUAUAUCAUUUAUACAUAAUGUAAUAUAAGCAUGGAGAGAGGUGGAGGGGGAUGACUGUAUU